ACUGUGCAGAAGAACCGGACCGUUGGGAACCGGAACGGUUCGAAUUCAAACGAUGCCCAUCGCUGUCCGGUCCGCUCACUGCUAACCGGACUGCUGGAGCGUUUUGUUCCGGUCCAGAGGCGUUGGACGUGUUGGACUCUGAUCUCUGAGUCUCACCAUGACUCUCGCUGUGUUUCAGGGCUGCAGCUGCUGGAUCUGCUCCCCAAGCUGAGAGAGACGGAGGACAUGGACCUCAACAUCCAGUGCGAUGCGUUCGAAGACUGCAUGGCGGACGACGAGGAGGAGAUGGAGAGACUGUACGGCGGCAUCGACAUGAGCAACCACCAGGAAGUCUUCAGUUCGCUCUUCACCAAGGUGUCCAGCUGUCCGUCCUCCGUCCAGCUGCUGUCCAUCCUGCAGGCCUUGUCCAUGCUGGACCCAAAGAGAAACGACAUCUGGUCGGCUCUGGAGACGCUGACCGAUCGAGCCACGCUGCUGGCCCAGAACACUGAUUUAGGCCCUGGUGAUUCGCUGCUGGAUAGGCUCCUCCCCCCGAAACAUCUGUCAUCCAAUAAGAAGGUCCGAACGGUGGACAGGGCGGUGCAGACCCCUCCUGGCCAAUUGGAGCCGUUAGCAGAGAAACAGGCUCCGCCCCCUGCAGCCGGUUGUCCUCCCCCCCCUCCCCCUCCUCCUCCUCCUCCUCCUCCUCCUCCAUCUUUACCAGGCAUUGGAGCUCCGCCUCCACCACCUCCACCACUGCCAGGCACUGGACCUCCACCGCCUCCACCUUUACCUGGCAUGGGGAUCCCACCGCCUCCACCAAUGGAAAUGAUCGCCGCUCAUUCAGUCCAGACUUUAGGCAGCGCCUACUCUAGCCCCGCCCACCACUCAAGCCCCACCCCCUGCCCCACCCUGCGGAUGAAGAAGCUGAACUGGCAGAAACUCCCAUCCAGGGUGGUAACCGAUCAUCAGUCUCUCUGGACGUCGUCGUCGUCAGAAUCGGUGGAACCAGAUUACUGCAGCAUCGAGCAGCUCUUCAGUCUGCCUCCAACUGAAACCAAAACCAGAACCAAGACCAGAACGGAGUCCAAAGAGGUUUCCUUCAUUGACCCCAAGAAAAGCCUGAACCUCAACAUCUUCCUGAAGCAGUUCAGAUGUUCCCAUGAGGAGUUUGUCUCUCUGAUCCAGAACGGAGACCGAUCCAAGUUCGAUGUGGAAAUCCUCAAACAGCUGAUCAAGCUGCUUCCAGAGAAACACGAGAUAGAAAACCUGAAGUCCCACCAGGAAGACGGAGACAAGAUGGCGUCAGUGGAUCAGUUUUACCUGCAGCUGCUGAACGUGCCCAGCUACGCGCUGCGGAUCGAGUGCAUGCUGCUGUGUGAGGAGAGCAGCUGUGUGUUGGAGACUCUGAAACCCAAAGCUGAACUUCUGGACCGGGCCUGCCAAAGUGUCAGGGAGAGCUCCCGGCUGCCCAGCUUCUGCAAACUCAUCCUCAGCGUCGGGAACUUCCUCAACUACGGAACUCACACUGGGAACGCCGACGGCUUUAAAAUCAGCACUUUGCUCCGAUUGACUGAAACUAAAGCCAACAAAUCCAGGAUCACGCUGCUGCACCACAUCCUGGAGAAGGUGGAGGAGGACCAUCCUGACCUGCUCAGCCUGCCUGAUGACCUGCAGAUCUGUGAAAAGGCUUCUGGAGUGAACAUGGAGUCCAUCCAGUCUGAAUACUCCUCUCUGUCCAAGCGGCUCAGAAGCUCUGAGAAGAAAGUUUCCUCUUCCUCUGAGGACAUAAAGCAGCAGUACCUGUCUACCAUCCAGGAGAGCCUCCAGGUGUGUGAGCAUCUGCAGAAGGUCAUGACCUCUGUGGAGGACAGGAGGCGGGACCUGGCCGACUACCUGUGCGAAGACGUCGGGACCUUCUCCCUGGACGACCUCUUUGGGACCAUCAAGACCUUCAGAGGGCUGUUCCUCAAAGCCCUCAAGGAGAACGAAAACUGGAGAGAGCUGGAGAAGAAGAGGAAGAAGAGAGAGGAGGAGAAGAACCUCAAAGGAGACUCUGACAGGAUGGGCAGGAGGGAGGUGAACCAGCAGGACGAAGGCUGCAUCAUCGACAACCUGAUGGCCGAGAUCCGGAAGGGCCACGCCCUGAAGAAGACCAGAACUCCGUCCCGCAGGGCCAGCAGGGGGCAGCGCCGGGGGCCACCUCCUGUUUCUGCAGACACGGUGCACGCGCGUCCCGGGGCCAUACGGAGGUCAAAGGCCGUUGAGGACACCGACUCCCCUCUUUCCAGCCAAUCACAGAAGACAUCUGGAAUGACUCCAAUCCAGGAAGUCCCGCCCUCCCAUCCAGAAAGUUCCAGCCAAUCAAAGAAGCCGUUGGAGGCGGUCCAAACUCCUGCCACUUCCGACCAAUCUGCGACGGCCUCCCCCUCUGGAGGGAGUCCUGAUGCCGGGUCAGCAGAACCACCAAAGAACCAGAACCCACAAACACCUGCAGCCGUUCCUGCAGAGGAGACCAGGCGCAGGCGUCGGGAGUCUUUGGAGGACUCGGAUCUGGAAACCCAAGGUUCCUCAGGACAGAAAGGAGUCCAGCCCGGCGCAGCGCGUCCAGCACCAAGCAGAGACCGGAGCAGCCUGAGCGUGGCGGAUGGGUUGGACUUUGAGUACAUCACCUCGUCAGAAGUGAGAGGAAUCAGACCGGACAGCGACGAAAGUCCCAGCAGGAGAACGGACAAGAUCCGUCCAAAAGGACUCCGCGGCUCCAUCAGAUCCCAAAGCCCCAGGCAGAAGAAAGGAUGCGUUGUACAGUGAGGUGAGCGGAGGAGGACCAGUCUCCAUGGCAACAGGAUUGCUUCCAGGAAAGAGAUCUGAAAUGGAAUAAAAACUGUAACUGGA